AUGUUUUAUGCUAACCUUUCUCUCUCUGUCUCUCUCUCCCCCUUCCCUCUCUCUCUAGACAUGCCUCUCCAUGUCCGGCGCAGUAGCGACCCAACUCUGGCAGGCCUUCCCCUGGGUGACCCACAGACAGCACCGGAGGAACCAUCCCGUAAGAACCCUACACGAUGGUCCACCACGGCAGGCUUUCGCAAGCACAACCACCACCACAACCACAGCCAAAACACUGGGACCAACAGCCUGGAACGCAAGGUACUGUAACCCAAAACAUAACCCUUAAACCUUACCCUAACACGUCCACAGCCAGAACACAGUGAACUCUCCCAACCCCAUGACCUGGAUCAUGUCCAAUAGGGACAAAACAUUUUGAAACAGGGAGGUACUACUCAUUUACAAUUGUGCCUUGAUGACAACAGUACAACAAAUUCUAAAUUAUCAAUACAAAUAAAAUAAACUACAAAUUACAGAAUCAACACUACAGCUUCAAACACCCCAUUUUACAUUCAAUCCAAACAGUUGCAAUUCUCAUUUAAUUAAUUCAACAUUAAAAUCCUAAACUGCCCUAGAGGCACCCGAGAGUCAAGAUGUAGGGAGUUUUGUAGGCUAUUCCAAAAAGUGAGGGCACUCUAAUUGAAGGUGGAUUAACCUAGAUUGGUGCGCACUAGUGGAACCUCAAGAGUCAACCAUCCCUGUGAACGGAUUUGGUGUGUCAUAUUAUUUUUAUUUUAACAGUGAAGUGAGGUGGGUCGGAAGCUUGUGUAGUAGAGCUUUAUAAACAAAAAGGGAGUAAUGAAGUGAUCUACGGGACUUAAAUGAGGACCAAUAAAAAGUGUGUAUUUUUGUGGUCCAUUUUGGUAUGGUGUGCCCUACUGAACACAACACUGGUAGUACCACCCUGCCUGAAAUGUCAUUCAGCUUCAAUGAUACUAGUCCUUAACCCCUUAAUUUAUCCUUUAUCCACCACUUUUAGGAAGCUAACCCCUAUUCUUUAUUGAAAAGAAUGAAGAUCACAGCUUUGACCAUAUAUUAUUUGUUCUAAUUUACUUUCGAGGGUCGUCUGAUGUGAAUCAGAAGUGAAUGUGAAAAGCUUAGUUUAGGGUUCAUCCUCCCUGCAGCUUCAAAAAGAACAGCUAGGCCUAUUAACUAGAUCAAAAUGGCUGCCGACAAGCCUUCAGUGCUUUGAAACAACUGAUAUUCCAAAUGAGAUGGAGGGAAGAAGGGGAAAAUGGAGUGCUCAGAAUGUGACAAUGCAACCCUUGACGUGAUUAGAGCGUUGGCUGAUAAUCCUAUUUAAAAGCACUUUAGUUGUCACCGGCGCCAUAAUCUUACUGCACGCCGCUCGUCGCUUCCGAGAGGCUAUGAGGGGAAAAUGGAGACAGAAAUAAUGAAGCUGUUAUUGUACCUUUCAUUUUUGGUGGCACAAUACAAACAUGUUGGUUGAAUAUCAUAGUCUUGAGGAGAUGGCAUUGUUGCUAGAUAUGUCUCUGUCUAUUUUCAUCUGUUAACCACUUGAUGUUAAAUACAGUAUGUUUAGGCCACUUUGGCUAUAGAAUAUUUCAUCUUGGCAGAAAGUUGAAUCUAAAAUGAAACGCUAUUAAUAUUUUACCCACUAAUUUCUGUCUGAACAUAUGGACAGAAAAUAUAGCAUAUUUUCAAAGACCGCUUUGCUUUAUCUAAAGCUACUUGCUUUGAGCGUCACACGCCAUGUUCCACUCAUUAUAUUUGCCCUGUUUCCUAUGACUUCAACAGAUGAAUCAUCUAUUUUUCCUGCUUCAUCUCAAUACAGUGAUAUAUAGCCAAUGGGACUCCUGAUUCAUCAAGCUAGCAUUGUAAAAUCUUGACGUUCCUCAAUGACUUUACGAUGCGUCCGUCAACUCUCCUCCCUCCUUUCCUCUCUCCUUUUAGCUAGCUAGGCCUUUGUGCUUAGCACCAAGCGCUAAACAGGUUUAACAGAGCCAGCAGUAAAUAUGUGCUCGAUGAUUUACAGCCCCUCUGGGUUUGUGUUUUCCAUGUCGUUUUAUAAGUCGUAAAAACUUCAAGAGUGGACUCCUUUGUCUCAUGUCUGCCUGUGUUGUGCUGUGUGAAGGGAGCAAGGUUUGUAUGUUGUGACUGUGAUGGUUAUCAUUGAGACCAGGCGUCUCAAUAGGCCUCUGACCCGUAUCUUUAUGACCCUGUCUGCACCCCUUCCCUUCCUCCAGCCUCUCUCUCCGGCCUCCUUCCUCGUGUCCUUCCUCAGUCGUGGUCCUUGGUCACGCUGCAUUCAGCUCUAGUAAACCAUAUGGAUUGUUUUACCAUACAGGAGACAUACAGGAUCUCUCUCCCUCAGGAGCGUUGCCGGGCAUAACUUUUAGGAGUAUCCAGUGCUAGGGCUGUGGCGGUCAUGCAAUUUUGUCAGCCGGUAAUUGUCAAGCAAAUAACUGCCGGUCUCACGGUAAUUGAACGUUAAUUAGCAUAAACACAUUUAGCAUCUCCAAGCUUCCACGCUUAGCCUACAAGCCACUGAUGCAGACCUUUGGAACAUCUUCAUUUUAAAAAGUCUAAUAAAUCCAUGUAAUAUAGCCUACACCAUCACAAUAAAUCCAUUAUUUAUUUUAGACAGCUCUAAAGAAACAUGAUAUGAAGAAAAUGUAGUGUAUUUCAGAAGAACAGAAUAGCAUACUCUGAGUUGUCCUCAUAUUAGGCCCUGAUCUGGCUAUGCAAUAUGGCUUUGGGCUACACUAGUUCAUUUAGCAGACUAGAUUUUCUUAGAAUUUGGUGGUAUUAUUUUAUAUUAUUUCAUAGUAUGAAGAAUACAAUUGAACAUAGCUGAAUAAAAUAGAAAGGAUAUUUUCUCCAAACAAUGUGACUAAUGAUAAUGUGAGUAAAAUCACAUGAAAGGCAUGAGCUCUGCUUAGUUUUUUGUGCAGGCUGUACACACUUCAUCAGUCUCUCAUUCACAAUUUGACAAUCACUUGAUAAUGCCUAGAAUUUCCCGCUGCAUCCCCUUUGUGUGGCCGUAAUGCCCUCUAAAGAAAUCAAUGCCAUUUGUGGCCAGUGGCCGUUGUGCCCUUGGGCUGAAUAUAAUAAUUAUAAUUCCCUUCUCCCGGCUGCUUGCCGAAGCACCUCUCACUCCCAUGGCUCUCCAUCACAUGAUCGGAUCUUUCUCACAGGCUACAAGUGAAGACAGACACAUCUGGGACACAAUUGUGCGCGUCCUUAUCCAAUUCCGCGGCGCAUAUUGAAGAUAUUGAAAGAACUGUCCACAUUUACUUUUAGUCAGCCAACAAGAUGAGUAUGCCUAACGAACAGCAAAAGCACUAGCCUAUGUUAGUCUACCAUCCCCCAUAGUAAAAAAGUUUACCUAUUCUGUGCGAGAAAUAAAUAUUCCAAACAUAGUUUGGGACAGUUGUGGGAUGCGAUAGAUCGCAAAUUAAUACAACCACUAGCAUAAAGAAAACAUGUUUUAAGCAAUGAGCCUGACACAACAGAUCAGAUUAGGCUAUUUCUUCACAUUAUAAGUGCAGCAAUGUGCACACGGCAGUAGGCUAUAAGCGCAAAUGUUCAUUUAGCAGGAAAACACCAUUCUCAAAUGUGACCGCAAAUGCGAUUAUGCAUGUCAUGUUUUUAUUAUAAAGGUGCAUUUUUAUGGUGAAAAUGAUCUUCCCCAAACUUGAAACUCACGCACUGCGUAUGUAUGCCAGUUAGGCUCUACACCCAUUGUAAAGCGGAUUAAUGUGCUUCAUUUUAAGAAGUUAUCUGUCCACUUUUGUUGUGAUACAAAUCCUAUCAAAACAUAUAGGCCUAUGGACUAGGCUGUGCGACUAUGAUUUUAAAAAGUGGCCAAAAAAAAGGCAUGCACUGUUUCUUGCCUUAAGCUGGGCAUCAUACACAAGUGAUAAUAUAUAAUUCACAUGUUAUAGGUUAAUAUUGUCACCCAUCAGACUAUUUUUGAUUGAAUCUUGUUUUUACAUAUACUAAAUAAUAUACAGUAUGUGUGAAAUUUGUUUUGAUUUAGAAUGUAUCAUUAUCAUGCACCUGUCUCGAAACAGGGGUAGGGGAAAAACAAAUAUAUAUAUACAUACACAUACAUACAUACACACAUAUACAUACCCAUAUAAAUACAUACAUAUACAUAUACAUACAUAUAAAUAGACACACAUACAGUGAGGGAAAAAAUUAUUUGAUCCCCUGCUGAUUUUGUACGUUUGCCCACUGACAAAGAAAUGAUCAGUCUAUAAUUUUAAUGGUAGGUUUAUUUGAACAGUGAGAGACAGAAUAACAGCAAAAAAAUCCAGAAAAAUGCAUGUCAAAAAUGUUAUAAAUUGAUUUGCAUUUUAAUUAGGGAAAUAAGUAUUUGACCCCCUCUCAAUCAGAAAGAUUUAUGGCUCCCAGGUGUCUUUUAUACAGGUAACGAGCUGAGAUUAGGAGCACACUCUUAAAGGGAGUGCUCCUAAUCUCAGCUUGUUACCUGUAUAAAAGACACCUGUCCACAGAAGCAAUCAAUCAAUCAGAUUCCAAACUCUCCACCAUGGCCAAGACCAAAGAACUCUCCAAGGAUGUCAGGGACAAGAUUGUAGACCUACACAAGGCUGGAAUGGGCUACAAGACCAUCGCCAAGCAGCUUGGUGAGAAGGUGACAACCGUUGGUGUGAUUAUUCGCAAUUGAAGAAACACAAAAUAACUGUCAAUCUCCCUCGGCCUGAGGCUCCAUGCAAGAUCUCACCUCGUGGAGUUGCAAUGAUCUUGAGAACGGUGAGGAAUCAGCCCAGAACUACACGAGAGGAUCUUGUCAAUGAUCUCAAGGCAGCUGGGACCAUAGUCACCAAGAAAACAAUUGGUAACACACUACGCCGUGAAGGACUGAAAUCCUGCAGCGCCCGCAAGGUCCACCUUCUCAAGAAAGCACAUAUAUAGGCCUGUCUGAAGUUUGCCAAUGAACAUCUGAAUGAUUCAGAGGAGAACUGGGUGAAAGUGUUGUGGUCAGAUGAGACCAAAAUUGAGCUCUUUGGCAUCAACUCAACUCACCGUGUUUGGAGGAGGAGGAAUGCUGCCUAUGACCCCAAGAACACUAUCCCCUCCGUCAAACAUGGAGUUGGAAACAUUAUUCUUUGGGGGUGUUUUUCUGCUAAGGGGACAGGACAACUUCACCGCAUCAAAGGGACGAUGGACGGGGACAUGUACCGUCAAAUUUUGGGUGAGAACCUCCUUCCCUCAGCCAGGGCAUUGAACAUGGGUCGUGGAUGGGUAUUCCAGCAUGACAAUGACCCAAAACACACGGCCAAGGCAACAAAGGAGUGGCUCAAGAAGAAGCACAUUAAGGUCCUGGAGUGGCCUAGCCAGUCUCCAGACCUUAAUCGAGCUGAAGGUUCGAGUUGCCAAACAUCAGCCUCAAAACUUUAAUGACUUGGAGAAGAUCUGCAAGGAGGAGCGGGACAAAAUCCCUCCUGAGAUGUGUGCAAACCUGGUGGCCAACUACAAGAAACGUCUGACCUCUGUGAUUGCCAACAAGGGUUUUGCCACCAAGUACUAAGUCAUGUUUUGCAGAGGGGUCAAAUACUUAUUUCCCUCAUUAAAAUGCUAAUCAAUUUAUAAAGAUUUUGCCAUGCGUUUUUCUGGAUGUUUUUGUUGUUAUUCUGUCUCUCACUGUUCAAAUAAACCUGUCCUGACCGACAUAGUGACAGAGCAGCUGUGGGUCGACCAGACUGGUCUGGACUGGUCUGACAGUCUGUAGCCACAGACAGGCACCACACACACAAACACAUGUGCUGUCUGAAGCCAACAGCAGCCUUUUCUAGGCAGAGACUGGCCUGACAUGUCUGUCUGGACUGUAACCCCCCCUCUCCCGCUCUCCCUCUCUCCUGUGUUUGCUCUAUAAACUCCAACAAAUGGAGAUCUAAUUAGCAUACCAUAGCCCGUGGGUGUUUGAUUUCACCUUCACAGGAAAUAUUUUGGAGAGGUUCUUAAUUCUCUUUGCGUCCCAAAGGGCACCAUAUUCCCUAAACAGUGCACUACCUAUAGGGCUCCGGUCAAAAGUAGUGCAGUAUGUUGGGAAUAGUGUGCCAUUUGGGACACACACUCUAUGUAAUGGAAGAGCUAAGCUGUGGUCCAAGGCACCAAGCAGCUCCCGGUAACGUGGCCGGGCUAUUAGUGAAAAGGAAUUAGCAUGUGUGUGUACUGAGAUAGGAAUGAACUGUAUCAGUGUGUGGCUCAUGGCCAAGAUAAGCUAGACUACCUGCCAAUCACAUUACAGCUAUUUAACAGCAUCACAAUCUCAUCUGUCUGUCAAGUCAGCAUGGAAUUGCGUAGCGAAAAGUAGCACUGGACGAUAUGCACUUUAUCAUACUUUGGAGACAUAUUAAAUGUACAAUAUAAUGUAUGUUCUUGUGUGUUUGUAUGAAUACUAACAGAUGAUUUUAGUGUGACUUUGUGUGUUAAACGUUGUCUCUCCUCCAUGUCUGCAGGGUAAAUUAGGAUUUGUGUGUGGACUUGUUUCGAAUGCUAUUGUUGUAGUACAGUAUAGUGCAUGUACUGUGUAUCAAAAUGUGGUAUUAAGCGUUGCCUCUCCUCCGUGUGUGCAGGGUAAGGCAGUGGAUACGUGCCGGAGUCUCCCUCAUGAUACAGCAGCCUGGGCCACCCAGUUCCAGAGAGAGACUGCCCGCUCCUCUCUCAGUGCCAACCACCCCAUGGUGGACCGCUGGCUGGACAGACAGGAUCAGGUAGGACCACACAAACACACACCACAACACACACACACACACACACACACACACACACACAGAGUAACACGCUGGUGCAACUUACGUCACUAAGGUACAUCACUCAGUCUGGGCAAUGCAAUAGGAAACCAGAAAAACUAUCCAGCCAACUUUGGCCCUAACCCUAGUGUUACAAAAAGAAAAACAUCUACAUUACGGAUGUUCCAUCAGCCAGCCAACUCUGGGCCUUGCCUCGGUGUUCAUUUACAUGACAUUGUGCUUUCAAUGGAGCUUUCAGAGUCAAACAUUAUUUCUGUUCUACUUUAUGUCUGUCUGGGUUUUUUUUUCUUUCUCUCAUUUUGACUGACGGGUCUUCCUAUUGAAGGCUGAGAGAAAAGGAAAAGGGCAUUUGAAAAAGUCGAACUUAUAUAAAAUGACACAGUCUCUGUGGAGCUCAUAAAUGACCUUGAAGGUGUGGGCAAAGUAGCGCUCGAUCCUCGCUCGAUGUGAAAGUAUUUUUUCCAUCUUCCAUCUCUGUCUUUCACACUUUCCUGCCGCUGCUGCUAUUUCCCACCCUCCCUGUCUGUCUGUCUGUCUGUCAAUACAUCAGUUGCCUGGCUGCUGGGACCGUGUGGGAGGUGUUUAAAUGAUCCACCGCCACACAAAGAAGUAGAAAGAAGAGAGAGAGAGAGUGAGGGAGAGAGAGAGAGUAAGAGUGAGAGAGAUACGUUUGCUGCUAGGCAUUUGCACAAAUUUCUAUAAACCUGUUUUUGCUUUGUCAUUAUGGGGUAUUGUGUGUAGAUUGAUGAGGAAAAACAAUUAUUUUAUCCAUUUUAGAAUAAGGCUAUAACGUAACAAAAUGUGGAAAAAGGGAAGGGGUCUAAAUACUUUCCGAAUGCACUGUAUGCUUUCUGUUUCAUAGUCGUAACAAACGCACUCCUCAACUAAAAUUGAUUGAACACUUUAAUUUAGGUAUUUUUGGUUUUGGUUUUUACAUAAAGCCUACAGUAACACAAACUAAUGAAAAUGCUAUUGUGUUAUAAAAAAUAUAAAACAUCUAAUGUUACCUUCAUAAACAUAACCAAAUGAAUAUUUUUGUGAUAGCAUAUAUGAAAUGUAUUAAUUACACUGUGAUAAUGUUGCAAGCAGAAUGACUGCUCGUAAGCAGUGGUUCUAGUGUUAAAUCACUUGCACUUCUAGAGGCCUAAACAAAGGCUUCCAAACUGGCUGUGAUUACAGGGCAAAAUUGAUCAAAUGGACAUGGUUACAUAUUCAGGUUUAAGACCGGCUGCCACUCUGAUCUGUUCCCUAUACAGUUGAAGUCAGAAAUGUACAUACACUUAGGUUGGAGUCAUUAAAACUCGUUUUUAACCACUCCACACAUUUCUUGUUAACAAACUAUAGUUUUGGCAAGUCGGUUAGGACAUCUACUUUGUGCAUGACACAAGUAAUUGUUUACAGACAGAUUAUUUCACUUAUAAUUCACUGUAUCACAAUACCAGUGGGUCAGAAGUUUACAUACACUAAGUUGACUGUGCCUUUAAACAGCUUGGAAAAUUCUAGAAAAUGAUGCCAUGGCUUUAGAAGCUUAUGAUAAGCUAAUUGACAUAUUUUGAGUCAAUUGGAGGUGUACCUGUGAAUGUAUUUCAAGGCCUACCUUCAAACUCAGUGCCUCUUUGCUUGACAUCAUGGGAAAAUCAAAAGAAAUCAACCAAGACCUCAGAAAAUAAUUUGUAGACCUCCACAAGUCUGAUUCAUUCUUGGGAGCAAUUUCCAAACGCCUGAAGGUACCACGUUCAUCUGUACAAACAAUAUUACGCAAGUAUAAACACCAUGGGACCACGCAGCCGUCAUACCGCUCAGGAAGGAGACGCGUUCCGUCUCCUAGAGAUGAAUGUACUUUGGUGCGAAAAGUGCAGAUCAAUCCCAGAACAACAGCAAAGGACCUUGUGAAGAUGCUGGAGGAAACAUGUACAAAAGUAUCUAUAUCCACAGUAAAAUGUGUCCUAUAUCGACAUAACCUGAAAGGCCGCUCAGCAAGGAAGAAGCCACUGCUCUAAAACUGCCAUAAAAAAGCCAGACUACAGUUUGCAACUGCACAUGGGGACAAAGAUUGUACUUUUUGGAGAAAUGUCCUCUGGUCUGAUGACCAUAAUGACCAUCGUUAUAUUUGGAGGAAAAAGGGGGUUGCUUGCAAGCCGAAAAACACCAUCCCAACCGUGAAGCACAGGGGUGGCAGCAUCAUGCUGUGGGGGUGCUUUGCUGCAGGAGGGACUGGUGUACUUCACAAAAUAGAUGGCAUCAUGAGGAAGGAAAAUUAUGUGGAUAUAUUGAAGCAACAUUUCAAGACUUCAGUCAGGAAGUUAAAGCUUGAUUGCAAAUGGGUCUUCCAAAUGCACAAUAACCCCAAGCAUACUUCCAAAGUUGUGGCAAAAAAAAAUCCUAUAGAAAAUGUGUGGGCAGAAAUGAAAAAGUGUGUGUGAGCAAGGAGGCCUACAAACCUGACUCAGUUACACCAGCUCUGUCAGGAGGUAUGGGCCAAAAUUCACCCAACUUAUUGUGGGAAGCUUGUGGAAGGCUACCUGAAACAUUUGACCCAAGUUAAACAAUUUAAAGGCAAUGCUACCAAAUACUAAUUGAGUGUAUGUAAACUUCUGACCGACAGGGAAUGUUUACUAUUAUUCUGACAUUUCACAUUCUUAAAAUAAAGUGAUGAUCCUAACUGACCGAAGACAGGAAAUAUUUACUAGGAUUAAAUGUCAGGAAUUGUGAAAACUGUGUUUAAAUGUAUUUGGCUAAGGUGUAUGUAAACUUUCGACUUCAACUGUAUAUAUUUAAUUAUUCGGGAACUUCUACCAGAUAUCACUUAAACAGGACAUGACUCUCACUAACGGGUGCAACAAAUAUAACCACUUAUUCCCUACAUAGUGCACUGCAAGGGCCCAUAGGGCUCUGGUCAAAGGUAGUGCACUAUGUAGUAAGGAAUAGGGUGCCAUUUGGGACGCAGCCCCAGAUAGAGUAACCUAGCUUGCCUUGCAUUGCCCUGCCGGAUCUGAUCCUGCCUUGGGUUAUGCAUCAUCAUUAAGUAGAGCCAUCUUGCAUGGAGAAGCCAAUCAGCUCUACCGGUGGGGGCUGUUUUUCUGGAGCUUUCUGAUCCAGUGGAGCAGUCAUUCAGUCAGAGCCCCAGCCCCGACCAGCCCAGGCACAACUGACAGAGUCAUCCAUUUGGAGUCCACACCACCAUUACAGCUGUAUUGUGACCCAGAUGAGCUGUCACAGGCAAGGACAUCCAGCAGUACUCCAAUUUUCAGGCCCUCUGACUCCUCAUUCCAUUUGGCCCCUUCUCUUCAUCCAACCAAACCGAACCUCCCCUAAGCCUCCAUUAUGCAUUGGGAUGUUGGCCUAGGCUGAGGGGUGAAACCACAUUAGAAUACAGACCCAAACUGCCCCUCCUCCCUCCAUCCCUUCUUCCUUUCUUCCUCUUCCUCUUCAACCCUCAUCCCCUCCUUCUCCACCACUCCUUCUCAUCCCAGGGAAGGUGAUGAUGUGGAAUGACGGGGGACAUUCCAAGACAGGUGGUGGCAAUGGCUUCUGGGAUUCAUCAUACUGCAUUAGACCACUGUCUUUACACACUCCUCCUGCCUCCACAUUCCACACUUUCCACACUAGUCACGCCAAGCAGCCACAUAGCCAGGAACCAGUCAGGCCCACUCCACUCCAUCCCAACCCCACCAUCAGGCUCUUCUCUCUGGGUGUCAGCCUGAGUUAUCUGUUUGUGACUUUCACUAUUGAUUUAUGCAUCAUAUGUUUACUGCAUCUUAAUAUCAGUGUUUUACUGUUGAGGCUUGUUUUAUGAUGCUGGAGGAAGCUCCUCAUUUAUGACAAUGGCUACAGAAUCACCUCAAUUAAUUGCUUGUUUUAACACGCUGUUGAUAUGGUGUUAUUGCAUACAGGAUACAGUACAAUGUGUUUUAAUUCAGCAGAGGAGGUGGCAUCUCUACCUGGGUUGAAAUCACAUUCAUUGUCAGGGUUUUUCUCAUCUUAGCAAUCAGUCUCCCUCCCUUUGUUAUGAAAUAUGUUCUUGUUUCUCAGUGAUGGGCGGGUGGUUGCCAAUGUAUUAUCUCAGGGCCUGAGAUAUAAAUAUGGUUAAUUAAAACAUCACACUGUUAUGAUCAGCAAAGCUGAGUGGAGAUAAUGAGUACGCACCCACGCACCCACAAGCACACACACCAAAACACACUCACACACACCAAAACACACACACCAAAACACACACAAAAACACAAAAACACACUCACACACACAAACAGACACACACACACAUUCACACACACAAACACACACAAAGCGAAGAAAAUAAGUGAAAUUAAAGCAAUUAUUUGUUUAUUACAAUGCAUUUAUCUGAUGUCUGUUAUUCCUCCUCUUAGAUAAUCAACCAUAUUUUUACUCUGGAUUCAAUUAGAUAAUAUUUCUGCAUCACAUCUUCAAUGACAGUAGAUCAGUUAAUAUGUUGAUGUUACAUAAAAGCACAGCGUUUCACAGUUACAUCAUCUUUAAAGUGUUGUUUUGAAAGUCGGACAUGUUGAUUUAAUCGUGUCCUCACAGUUUCCUCUGUGCCCUUUAAUUGUCCCUGGCUGCUUAACAAAUGACACUCUAUUCCCUACAUAGUGCACACCUUUUGACCAAAGCACUACAAAAGUAGUGUACUAUAUAGGGAAUAGGGGGCCAUUUGGGACGCAGCCCCAGUCUGUUGAACAACUUACACUCCGCUGUGUCCUGAACCAUUUGGUCCCUUUAAAGUGCCACUUUAUAAUGUAUUUUUAAUCAGCCCUUCCUUCCCUCUCUUAUUAUGAAUUAGAGAUGCUGUUCUGUUCUGUUCAGUCUGACAUGGAACAUAUAGGCGUUGUGUGGCUCCUCUACUCUCCAUUUAAACAGGAAGCAUGUUCAUUCAAGAGGCAACCGACUGGGGUUGCAUCCAAAUUGGCACCCUAUUCCCUAUAUAGCACGCUUCUUUUGACCAGGGCCCUUAGGGUUGUGGUCAAAGGUAGUGCCCUAUGUAGGUAAUAAGGUGCUAUUUAGGACAUAUCCUGGCCCUUUAGAGUGGCCAUGAAGCAAGAGACUGGCCCUUUAAAAGAGGUCACAUUCCUCUGACAUGGGAAAGGAUAGAUUCCUGUUAAAAACAGCAGGAAUUUAUAACACAGCUACAAUAUAGCUCACUUUUGUUGUAUGUGAUUUGUUUGUCUGUGUCUACGCCUCUGUGUACUCUGUGUAAUUUGCACACAUGCCUUGCUUUUGUGCCUACACAUGUGCCUAUACAGUACAGCAAUGUCAAAUGAUUCCAUCAAGGCCCUUGGGAAGCACUUCCCAGAGCAUUAUGUAGAGCUUAUUGUAAUCGCAUCUCUUUAUCAAGCCAUAAACGCCAAGGCCUUAUGAGUUAUUCUUUAAAUAAACAGCUGUCGUUAACACUGCCCCAUUAUCCCUGUUGAUGAAUGCUAAUGGAAUCUACUGACUUGCAGAGUGGAGAAGGAGCGAGAGAGGGAGGGGGAGAAAGAGAGAGAGGGAGAGAAAGAGAGAGGGAAAGAGAGGGAGAUGGCCCGGCUGAGUGCUUCUCCUUCACAGUGGCUUAGACUAUCGGACAGCCUUUAUCAACUCUACACAGGGGGGGGACUAACACUUUCUGUCAAUAACUGACAUAUUCAACCCAAUCACAUCUUGGUUAGGUCCACUGCAGGAUCAGCCUAACUUUGAAAUUGUACAUUUUAAUCAGUUAUGAAGUAUAAAAAAAAGUAUUAGUCCGUCCAUCUUUCCUCUCUGACUGACCAGCCCCUCAGUGAUCAUUUACAUUUACAUCAUUUAGCAGACGCUCUUAUCCAGAGCGACUUACAAAUUGGGUCAGAUAAAGACAGCGAUAAAUGAAGAGCGAGAGAGCCAAAUGAAAGAGGAGAAUCAGGUUGAUAGAAGCUUUGAUCAGGGUGCCUGCCAGGAGAAUGUUCCUUUACUUUGCUCUUGAAUGGAGCUGCACCAUCUUGUGAGGUUUAAUUCUUCCUAAAUUAAAACAAAAUGCUUCCCUGCCUUGCUGCCUGCAUGAGAGAGUAGAGAGAGGGAUUAUUUCCCCUAGUAGAUCAAAGAUGCUUAAUUGAAUAAAGAAUAAUCUAUGUUUCAGAGUCCAUACUUGCAUCUCUCUAGGCAUUAACCUUUGUACAGUCAGGUCCAUAAGUAUUUGGACAGUGACACAAUUUGCAUCAUUUUGGCUCUGUACGCCACCACAAUGGAUUUGAAAGGAAACAAUCAAGAUGUGCUUUAAGUGUAGACUUUCAUCUUUAAUUUAAGGGUUUUGUUAUAAUUAUUGUAUAAACAGUGUAGGAAUUACAACCAUUUUUAUACAUAACCCCCCAAUUUUAGGGGCUCAAAAGUAAUUGGACAAACAUAAUCAUAAAUUAAAUUGUGAGUUUUAAUACUUGGUUGCAAAUCCUUUGCCGUCAAUUACUGCCUGAAGUCCGGAACCCAUAGACAUCACCAGAUGCUGGGUUUCUUCCCUGGUGAUGCUCUGCCAGGCCUUUACUGCAGCUGUCUUCAGUUCCUGCUUGUUCUUGGGGCAUUUUGCCUUCAGUUUUGCCUUCAGCAAGUGAAAUGCAUGCUCAAUUGGAUUCAGGUCAGGUGAUUGACUUGGCCAUUGCAGAAUAUUCCACUUACUUACCUUAAAAAAGUAUUGGGUUGCUUUCGCAGUAUGCUUCGGGUCAUUGUCCAUCUGCACUGUGAAGCGCCGUCCAAUGAGUUUUGAAGCAUUUGGCUGAAUCUGAGCAGAUAAUAUAGUCCUAAAUACUUCAGAAUCCAUCCUGCUGCUUUUGUCAGCAGUCACAUCAUCAAUAAAUACAAGGGAACCAGUUCCAUUGGCAGCCAUACAUGCCCACGCCAUAACACUACCUCCACCAUGCUUCACAGAUGAGGUGGUAUGCUUCGGAUCAUGAGCAGUUCCUUCCCUUCUACAUACUCUUCUCUUCCCAUCAUUCUGGUACAAGUUGAUCUUUGUCUCAUAUGUCCAUAGGAUGUUGUUCCAGAACUGUACAGGCUUUUUUAGAUGUUUUUUUGGCAAACUCUAAUAUGGUCUUCCUGUUUUUGAGGCUUACCAAUGGUUUACAUCUUGUGGUAAACCCUCUGUAUUUACUCUGGUGAAAUCUUCUCUUGAUUGUUGACUUUGACACAGAUACGCCUACCUCCUGGAGGGUGUUUUUGAUCUGGCUAACUGUUGUGAAGGGGUGUCACACCCUGGCUCUGGGACUCUAUAUGUUGAGCCAGGGUGUGUAUAUUCUAUGUGUUUCUAUGUCGGGAUUCUAGUUUUGUAUUUCUGUGUUGGCCAGAGUGGUUCCCAAUCAGAGGCAACGAGUGUCAGCUGUUGCUGGUUGUCUCUGAUUGGGAGCCAUAUUUAUACAGGCUGUUUUCCCACAAUAGUUGUGGGAUCUUGUUCCGUUUGGUUUGUUCCGUGUUGGUUGUUAACCUAGGACGUCACGUCAUCGUUUUGUUUAUCGUGUAUUCAUUAAAUAAAGAAACAUGUUCGUUCAUCACGCUGCGCCUUGGUCUACUCCGUCUAACGAUCGUGACAAGGGGUUUUUCUUCACCAGGGAAAUAAUUAUUCUGUCAUCCACCACAGUUGUUUUCCGUGGUAUUCCGGGUGUUUUGGUGUUCCUGAGCUCACCAAUGCGUUCUUUCUUUUUUAUAACUUGGUCAAUGUCCAAAUAUUUAUAGACCUGUCUGUAUGUUGGAGAGUUGCAGAGAGUAUUUAGUAUGUAGACACCAUCGUGGACUUCAAUAUGACCCUUCACUCCAAUUGUUCAUGGUAAAAUAGUCUAUUUGAUUUUGGUCGAGAAAGUAAAUUAGCAUUUACUCAGUUAAGGUGGAGGUCAGAUAUGUUGUGGGGCUAGCUUAAGGAUUGGGUUGUUGUCGAGCCCACACAGCCUUAGAACCCUAUGGCAUGCUGCAGGCGCUGUUAGCUCAGUCAGGUGCAACCAGAGCAGAUCAAAUACUUUACACAUAACAGGCAGUAUUUACUGAAUGGACCCUUUUACUGAAUGCUACAGAAACAGGUGAAUCACAGUCUUCUCCUCCUCCUAGCUCCUCCACCUCCUCCUCCUCUUCUCCCCUUUGUUUGUCUAUACAUACCCCCUCCUCUAACUGUAACACCCUUCCCCCUCUCUUUCCAUCUCUCUGUUCUGUCUCAAUAUGAAAUAUAUCUGUUUCUCUAUUAGCUGAGUGUAACCUUUCCCUGGCCCUGAAGAUGUAGGUGUGUGUUGCAUAGAGCAUAGUAAUUACAUGUGGUGUGUGUUUGCACAGGGAUUCUUUGGCAGCACAAUUGGUGGUGUGUUUGUGCAUGUGUGUGUGUGUGUGUGUGCAUGUUUGCAUGCCUGUUUGUGUGUCUCUGUGUGUGUGUGCACGAUCAGCUAAUCUAUCAGGAUGGAUAUGUGAUGAUCAGCAGGUCAUGGGGAGGUAUACUGCAGGGAUAUUGGGAGUGAAGAGGGAGGAUGUUUCCACAUUCCGAACCACUGAAAUUAAUUAUUGGUUGAUAUCUAGUGUCUACAAAGCAGGGCUUAAUUUACUGUGAAGCAGACAAAAGGAAUUCAGUUUUCAGUCAGUAUAGACUUACCAAAUUAUAUCUCUCUCUCUCUCUCCAUCCCUCCCUUCAUUGGGUUUUAAACCCAGCUGGUGGACCUGGCCAGUAGGUGCUGCUGUGUGUUCAAAAUAGAGGAUUAUUUUUACGAAAACCAAUGCCACAUUGUCUCUCCUCUCUGUCGAGGGGGGCCUCUCCUCUCCUCUCCUCUCCUCUCCUCUCCUCUCCUCUCCUCUCCUCUCCUCUCCUCUCCUCUCCUCUCCUCUCCUCUCCUCUCCUCUCCUCUGUGUAAUUACCUUACAAUGUAAAUGCUAGCUCACUAGAGACAGAGUCCUGCUGAGAGAGAGUCACAUACAGCACUACAAUACAGCCUUAGCCUCAAAUGAGCUUUACACACUUAAUUAACUAGCCAGCACUGAGCUGCUCCCAACCAGGCUUCUCUCUCUCUCUCUCUCUCUCUCUCUCUCUCUCUCUCUCUCCUCUCUCUCUCUCUCUCUCUCUCUCUCUCUCUCUCUCUCUCUCUCUCUCUCUCUCUCUCUCUCUCUCUCUCUCUCUCUCUCUCUCUCUCCUGGUUAGCUAGCUUAGCAUGGCUUAGCUCACCCUCUCUCCCUAGACUGAGUUCGAAAGAUACUAGCUUGUGCUGUGAGUCAGAGCACAUGUUGAUCAAUCAAGCAUGGCUCGCUUUCUUCUCAUUGCUCAGCCAAGCAAACAAACAGGCUACAUCUCCCUCCUUCCCUCCCAGACCCCAACAGGCGUAGAUGCUGAGGCUGUCAUUGAAUUGAGAGACGUUGUGUUAUUGACCUUGAUUCUAGGUAGGUAGGUAAGCAUUCAGGAGGUGCAUUCAUUCAGAGCUGCUCAAGGGGAAAGGAAUGUGUCUGGGUGACUUGUCAUUGUGUAUGCAGAACUGAGUGAGCCUCUCUCUCUUACCUCUUUUGCCACACCCUUCAGGCUCCCUCCAUCCAUUCCUCCCUAACUACUUUCUUCCCCUAGGCAACUGCCCCUCCAUCCCUUCAUCUCUCCUUCCUCCCAUCCCUCCCUCUCUUUUACCUAUUUUAUAAUACCCUCCAGGCUCCCUCCAUUCCUAAUUUCUUCCCCUGCCUUCCCUCCUUCUCCCAGGCCACUGCUCCCUCCAUCUCCAUCCAUGUUUCUCUCAUUCCCACCACCCCAGCACCUGUUAGAGGGAGGAGUGGCUGUAUGUCUGUGUUCAAAGAGCACCGGUGCCUCUCCCCUCUUCUCUUUUCCUCUCCUGUGAAGACCAGCCAGUGA